AUGGGGUGGAAAGUGGACACCGGCUGGUGGCGACUCGCCUCGGUUCGCAGGAAGAGCAGGAUUCUUCAUGCCGGGGGCAAAAGAGGCACUGCACUCGAACGAAGUACUUGUCCUCGGCGAUGGUGCGCACACGAUGAUUCCGGCCAACCUUGCGGGGCGAAUACAGCAAUCCGUGAUGUCGGCGAUCUGUCUCGCUUCCGAUCCGAGAAGGAUGUUUCGCAGGCAGUCAAAGCACACGACGAGCUCGUCAUCCCAUGUGGCAAGGAUUUAGCAUUUGAAGUGGAGCAAUGGGGCGCAUCAGGAGCUCCUACUGCCCAAAAACCGGACUUGUAUCCCUACAAUCUAGAUCUGGUCUUCUGGGAACCCUAG